CAUCGCAUACACUGUACGCCAGUCAUAGACACCAGUCAUGCACUCAUUCACUCAUUAACAGCACUAACGCUAACACAUCACAGCUUUGUCUCACAUUAAACCAAUUGUUUAGUCAUUUAAUCAUUCAAUUGAUUGUAUUAUAGGUUUGCAUCGAUUGACAAUCCAUUCAUUCACUUCACAGCCGAUACUCACGAAACAAAUCAAUUGAAAUGUUUUAAUUGAUUAUAUCUUUGAUUAUAAUAAUCAAUAAAUAUUAAUAAUUAAGGAGUGAUUGAAUGGUCAGUGCAUUGAUCAUCAGUGUUGAGGACAACGGCAAAGACCAGUCAUUGACCCCAAGUGUGUCCGCAAUAGCCCUCUAUUGAUAGUUUGAUCAACACAUCCAACUAUUAAGUUGUGAUUUUUGAUUGCAAUUAAUUAAUCAAUCGAUUGAAUGAUGUUUACGGAAGAGACGCCUAAAGAUCUGUCCGCCAAACCUAAUACCGAAGAAACCGAAGAUAAGUCUACCGAAGAGAAAAGCGGCGAAAGUACUCCCGAAACGAGUGCUAAUAAUGGAAGCGAAAACACCAUUGAUUUAAGUGUUAAGAAGAAAACGGAACCGAAAGAUGAACCGAAAGUUGAACCGAAAGUUGAACCGAAAGUUGACCCAAAAGUUGACCCGAAAGAUGACCCGAAAGAUGAUCCUAAAGAUGAUCCUAAAGUUGAACCAAAAGCGGAUGAUUCAGGUGUGGAACCGAUGGAAGUUACGCUCGAUCUGUCAAUGCCUUCCUCUGCAGUCGUCUCUUCAACUGAGAAAUCAAAUGCUCAAAACCAAGAUGUGGUCAGCGAUAGGAGUGAAAGCACUUCACCGGUUGAACGCGCGGCGGUCGACACCGAAACUUCUCAUAUCACAAAUGGUAAUCACGUGAACGGAUACACGGCUUCGGACGACUCGGUGUCGAUGAAUGUGGACGAAGAGGUAGAUCUUCCGCUAUCACCUCAAGUGAACCGAUUAAGUGCUGAUGAGUUAAGACUAAAGCAGAGGAAAAUGCGUCGAUUGAAGCAGGAGUUGAGGAACGAAGAGAUGAAAUUAGUUUUGCUUAAGAAGUUA